GCUGCCCGGGACUGGGAGGUGCCCUCUGGACGCCGGAACCUUUGGUUUCCUGCCGUGGAGCGGAACGGUAGCGCCAGGGGCCUUCCGGAAAGAGCGAGAGCCCGGCGAUGGCGGCUGCGCCGGCCUUGAAGCACUGGCUCACCACGCUGGAGCGAGUGGAGAAGUUCGUGUCACCGCUCUACUUUACUGACUGUAACCUCCGCGGCAGGCUUUUUGGGGCCAGCUGCCCUGUGGCUGCGCUCUCCAGCUUCCUGACGCCGGAGAGACUUCCCUACCAGGAGGCAGUCCAGCGGGACUUCCGCCCGGCGCAGGUCGGCGACAGCUUCGGACCCACAUGGUGGACCUGCUGGUUCCGGGUGGAGCUGACCAUCCCAGAGGCAUGGGUGGGCCAGGAAGUUCACCUUUGCUGGGAAAGUGAUGGAGAAGGUCUGGUGUGGCGUGAUGGAGAACCUGUCCAGGGUUUAACCAAAGAGGGUGAGAAGACCAGCUAUGUCCUGACUGACAGGCUGGGGGAAAGAGACCCCCGAAGCCUCACUCUCUAUGUGGAAGUAGCCUGCAGUGGGCUCCUGGGGGCCGGGAAGGGAAGCAUGAUCGCAGCCCCUGACCCUGAGAAGAUGUUCCAGCUGAGCCGGGCUGAGCUAGCUGUGUUCCACCGGGAUGUCCACAUGCUCCUGGUGGAUCUGGAGCUGCUGCUGGGCAUAGCCAAGGGCCUUGGGAAGGACAACCAGCGCAGCUUCCAGGCCCUGUACACAGCCAAUCAGAUGGUGAACGUGUGUGACCCUGCCCAGCCCGAGACCUUCCCAGUGGCCCAGGCCCUGGCCUCCAGGUUCUUUGGCCAACAUGGAGGUGAAAGCCAACACACCAUUCAUGCCACAGGGCACUGCCACAUUGAUACAGCCUGGCUUUGGCCCUUCAAAGAGACUGUGAGGAAAUGUGCCCGGAGCUGGGUGACCGCCCUGCAGCUCAUGGAGCGGAACCCUGAGUUCAUCUUUGCUUGCUCCCAGGCGCAGCAGCUGGAGUGGGUGAAGAGCCGCUACCCUGGCCUGUACUCCCGCCUCCAGGAGUUUGCAUGCCGUGGGCAGUUUGUGCCUGUGGGGGGCACCUGGGUAGAGAUGGAUGGGAACCUGCCCAGUGGAGAGGCCAUGGUGAGGCAGUUUUUGCAGGGCCAGAACUUCUUUCUGCAGGAGUUUGGGAAGAUGUGCUCCGAGUUUUGGCUGCCGGACACCUUUGGCUACUCAGCACAGCUCCCCCAGAUCAUGCACGGCUGUGGCAUCAGGCGCUUUCUCACCCAGAAAUUGAGCUGGAAUUUGGUGAACUCCUUCCCACACCAUACAUUCUUCUGGGAGGGGCUGGAUGGCUCCCGUGUACUGGUCCACUUUCCACCUGGCGACUCCUAUGGGAUGCAGGGCAGCGUGGAGGAGGUGCUGAAGACCGUGGCCAACAACCGGGACAAGGGGCGGGCCAACCACAGUGCCUUCCUCUUCGGCUUUGGGGAUGGGGGUGGUGGCCCCACCCAGACCAUGCUGGACCGCCUGAAGCGCCUGAGCAAUACGGAUGGGCUGCCCAGGGUGCAGCUAUCUUCUCCAAGACAGCUCUUCUCAGCGCUGGAGAGUGACUCAGAGCAGCUGUGCACGUGGGUUGGGGAGCUCUUCUUGGAGCUGCACAAUGGCACAUACACCACCCAUGCCCAGAUCAAGAAGGGGAACCGGGAAUGUGAGCGGAUCCUGCACGACGUGGAGCUGCUCAGUAGCCUGGCCCUGGCCCGCAGUGCCCAGUUCCUAUACCCAGCAGCCCAGCUGCAGCACCUCUGGAGGCUCCUGCUUCUGAACCAGUUCCAUGAUGUGGUGACUGGAAGCUGCAUCCAGAUGGUGGCAGAGGAAGCCAUGUGCCACUAUGAAGACAUCCGUUCCCAUGGCAAUACACUGCUCAGUGCCGCAGCCGCAGCCCUGUGUGCUGGGGAGCCAGGUCCCGAGGGCCUCCUCAUCAUCAACACGCUGCCCUGGAAGCGGACCGAAGUGAUGGCCCUGCCCAAACCAGGCGGGGCCCACAGCCUAGCCCUGGUGACAGUGCCCAGCAUGGGCUAUGCUCCUGUUCCUCCCCCCACCUCGCUGCAGCCCCUGCUGCCCCAGCAGCCUGUGUUCGUAGUGCAAGAGACUGACGGCUCCGUGACUCUGGACAAUGGCAUCAUCCGAGUGAAGCUGGACCCAACUGGCCGCCUGACGUCCUUGGUCCUGGUGGCCUCUGGCAGGGAGGCCAUUGCUGAGGGCGCCGUGGGGAACCAGUUUGUGCUAUUUGAUGAUGUCCCCUUGUACUGGGAUGCAUGGGACGUCAUGGACUACCACCUGGAGACACGGAAGCCUGUGCUGGGCCAGGCAGGGACCCUGGCAGUGGGCACCGAGGGCGGCCUGCGGGGCAGUGCCUGGUUCUUGCUACAGAUCAGCCCCAACAGUCGGCUUAGCCAGGAGGUCGUGCUGGACAUUGGCUGCCCCUAUGUCCGCUUCCACACCGAGGUACACUGGCAUGAGGCCCACAAGUUCCUGAAGGUGGAGUUCCCUGCCCGCGUGCGGAGUUCCCAGGCCACCUAUGAGAUCCAGUUUGGGCACCUGCAGCGACCUACCCACUACAAUACCUCUUGGGACUGGGCUCGAUUUGAGGUGUGGGCCCAUCGCUGGAUGGAUCUGUCAGAACACGGCUUCGGGCUGGCCCUGCUCAACGACUGCAAGUAUGGCGCGUCAGUGCGAGGCAGCAUCCUCAGCCUCUCGCUCUUGCGGGCGCCUAAAGCCCCGGACGCUACUGCUGACACAGGGCGCCACGAGUUCACCUACGCGCUGAUGCCGCACAAGGCAUUGUUUCCUGGUCGUACCCCAGGCUCUUUCCAGGAUGCUGGCGUUAUCCAAGCUGCCUACAGCCUAAACUUCCCCCUGUUGGCUCUGCCAGCCCCCAGCCCAGCGCCCGCCACCGCCUGGAGUGCCUUUUCCGUGUCUUCACCCGCUGUCGUAUUGGAGACCGUCAAGCAGGCGGAGAGCGGCCCCCAACGCCACUCGCUGGUCCUGAGGCUGUAUGAGGCCCACGGCAGCCACGUGGACUGCUGGCUGCACUUGUCGCUGCCGGUUCAGGAGGCCAUCCUCUGUGAUCUCUUGGAGCGACCAGACCCUGCUGGCCACUUGACCCUUCGGGACAACCGCCUGAAGCUCACCUUUUCUCCCUUCCAAGUGCUGUCCCUGUUGCUCGUGCUUCAGCCUCCACCACACUGAGUCCCUGGGGCUGGGGUUUUGUUUGUGGAAGGUUCUGGGGACUCCUAAUUUCUGUUUCCCCAGCCUAAAGCAGGGAUCAGUCUCUUCUUGCGGAAUAAAUCCUUGGAUCAGGAA